UUGCUUCACCCCCAGUCAAAGAGGGCACGGAGUUUCAGUUAGCCAAGGGAUCGCCGCUACCAACAUGAGUUAACAAGGCUGGAAGGAUUUAUCUAGCGCCUACUGUACGCCAGGAAUGGAAGUGGGAGCUGGGAAUGCCUGGAAAGGCAGCCUCCUGGGGUCACACACUGGACAAAGGGGGCAGAUCCCUAAAAAGAAAAAACCGACACCCGAAAUCCCAACCCCGCCCCCCAGGCGUGGUCUCGAGCCGGCGGAAGACUGUAAACAUCAUAUCACGUGCUCAGCAAGCGCGCAUCCAGGCCCUGCCCCACUCCAAGCUCGGCUCCAAUUGGCCCAACCCAGGGGCGGGGCUUCUCCGUUGCUUGGCCUCUGCCGGAGGUAACAUAGCUAACCCGCUGGUCCCAGACUUGCUUCGGUCUGACCACUGGCACUAUGCACUCUCCGACGACGGCAUCCUCGCCCCUACUGCUGCUCCUGCUGCUCCUACUGCCCCCUGGGCCUGCGAAGGCGUUCGAACUGCCACCCCGUGAGGAUGUGGCGCGCGUGGCGCGGUUCAUAGCGCACGUCUGCGAUUGGGGUGCGCUGGCCACCGAGUCCACGUUGACGGCGGUGCGCGGGCGGCCUUUCGCCAACAUCUUCUCCCUCAGCGACGGGCCCGUGGACGCCAGCACCGGCGUGCCGUACUUCUACCUCAGUCCGUUGCAGCUGUCGGUGGGGGAUCUGCAGGUGAAUCCCAAUGCCUCUUUGACAUUGACUUUGGCACAGACUGAUUUUUGCAAGAAAGAAGGAUUUGAUCCUCAGAGUCCUCUUUGUGCUCACAUAAUGCUAUCAGGAACAAUCACUAAGGUGAAUGAUACAGAAACAGCCUUUGCAAAAAAGUCAUUAUUCAGUCGUCACCCUGAAAUGGAAUCAUGGCCUUCAGAUCAUAACUGGUUCUUUGCCAAAUUGGCUAUAACCAACAUCUGGGUCAUAGACUACUUUGGUGGAGCCAAAACAGUGACACCUGAAGAAUAUUAUAAAGCCAAACCUUAGUAAAGAGGAAUAUGAUCAGUUCCAUCAAGAUGCUUGAGCCACUUUGGAAUACCUAGAGAAUCUGCUUAAAAUUCCGGGUGUGAUUUUGUAAAAGAAAGGAAAAAAAAAACAACUUAUUUUUACAUACUUAAUAUUUAGGUCAGAAGCUUGCUGGGAGAAUUUUUAGAUUUAAAUAUUUUUUAUGAUAUUUUGGAAUUUGAGCAAGUUUGUUUUUUUAAUGAAAUAAUGUCAUUAAUGAAUCCUGGUUCCAUUGAGUAUCGGUUUCCUUUUAGUUUUCCUAGAAAUGAAAGUUGCACAAUUAAAUUGUCCUUGGAGAUUGAAAGCUAUUUCAGCAUGUGUCCUUUAUUCUUGAAAAUCUCUUUGCCCACUAAACCUCUACUAUUCACUCACUACCUAUUAAGGCCUCUGAUAGUUUUAUCUGAAUAGGAUGAAAAGGGGUUAAUUUGCCCAUACACUGAAUGUGCCUGAAUCUUGCCAAACAGGAAAACUAAACUCAAACGGAGUUUCAAACAGCUAAUCAGCUUAUGUAUGGUGAUUGUUGGUGGGGAGGGUUCUUGUUUUACAGGAACAAAGUUGGACCAUGAAGAAAUUGCUGUGACAAUAAUAUAGAAUCAAGUAGGCAUAUGAAGUUUGCUGUUUAUGCUUUUUUUACUUUUAGCAAACUUCAUUCAGACUUCUUUAGAAGAAGUCUUGGUCGGCGAAAUUUCCUUGUCUAGGAGUUCCCUACAACAAUUAAAAUCACAGGGCCAGUUCCCAUCUCCUAUUUGAGUUGUACAAAAUUGAUUAUUGUUUUAAGAUCAUUUUCAUUUUCUUCAUAAAUGUCACAGACUAAAAUAUUUCUUCAAUCUCCAAUAAUCAUUUUCAUUUAUUUGAAAGUGUGUGCAAGUAGUAACACAAUACUUGGGAUCUCUUCCUAGCUCUGUUAUUGACUGCUUUUUUUUUUUAACCCUUACCUUCCAUCUUGGAGUCAAUACUGUGUAUUGGCUCCAAGGCAGAAGAGUGGUAAGGGCUGGGCAAUGGGGGUUAAGUGAUUUGCCCAGGGUCACACAACUAGGAAGUGGCUGAGGCCAGAUUUGAACCUAGGACCUCCUGUCUCUAGGCCUGACUCUCAAUCCACUGAGCCACCCGGUUGUCCCUUGAUUGAUUUUUAAAAUGCUUUAUUACUAAGUUGUUUAAGCCAUAAUCAAGAGAAUGAAAUAAGGAUGAAAUCUUAUAAACACCAUAUAAGGUCCUUUUAGAAUUUCAUUAAGAUCAAGUCCUUAUAGAUUUGUCUUACCUUGAAUUCUGCCUUAAAAUGAAUAAUAGCUAUUCAACAAAUAUUUGUAUUGUAAAUUGAUUGCUUUUGAGGUUCUAGCAAAUUUAUGUAACUCGGGGAAACACAAUAUCUGAGAGUAUUUAGCAAGCUCUUCAGAUGCAGUGGGGUUUUUUGAAGCCUACUAGCUAGCUUCCUUAAAAAUGUCUUAAAGGGGGGAAAAUUAUUAAUUUACUAUAUACAGAAAUAAUUUCAGGUAUUCAUACUCUUAAAGUAUGUUUUCAAAGGGUGUGUUAUGUUAGGAGUUAAAUGCUAAAUUCUGAAACUGCAAAGUGAAAAAUGUCUUAUACUUAUAGCAUCCAUCAUGCUCAACUAACUAAUGCUUUAAAAAAUAUUUUCCAUAGAAUUUCUUUAUAAACUUGUUUUUUCAAAGAACUAAUAAUUAAAAUUAACUUAUUCUUUAAUGAAAA